GGGGCGAGCCUGGAGAUGUGAGUGUAAACUCCCGGGCACGGCGCGAGGCUGUGUCCGGCCGGCCGGGGACGCCGAAGCGGUGGCGGGUGCAAUGCAAGCAGCAGUGUCAGGAAGUUGCUGCUGGUCGGUUCCUGUGUCCCGGGGGAGCGGCUGGGGCGGAGCAGGCGCUGCUGUUGGAGCGGGGAGGGCCGGGCCGCGGCGCAGGGGAGCUGGAGGCUCCGUCCCCGGGCAGCGGCAGCCGCGUGAGUAGCCCGACGCAGGAUCGGUGUGUUCACAGCUCCGCGGUGCCCCUGCUUCGCUCCGCUUGGGCCAGGCGCUGGGUUGUGUAGAAGAGGCCCCGGUUUCAAGCGACAGCGCAGCUGGAGUGAGCGGCGCCCGCUUUCCUUCCGGAGCCACCAGGCCGCUGGCGCUGGGCACCAGGGCUCGCGGCGGAGUCUCUGCACAAGCGGGUGGGUGUCGGUGUAAGAGGCGGUGGACUAGCCCCGAGCCUGGGCCACGCAGGGUGUAAUGCCAUUGUCUGCAACUAAACAUAGGCCCCUGUGCAUUACCAUGAAAUGAUAUCUUUAAGAAAAUGCUACAGUCCUACAGCACUCCAUCCCAGGAUAAAAGAUGCUUUGGUUUCAGAGUACAGCAAAGCAGCUAGCAAAAUAUUCUUCUAGGCCACUAUGGAAACGACUGUGUGCAGCCACUACAAAUAUACCAGUGUUAACUUUGUUCACCAAGAACCCGUGCCCUCUAUGUGAUGAAGCAAAAGAAGUGCUUGAGCCAUAUAAAAACAGGGUUAUUUUGCAGGAAGUGGAUAUCACCCUUCCAGAGAACUCAGUGUGGUAUGACAGAUAUAAGUAUGACAUACCUGUCUUUCAUUUAAAUGGGCAGUUCCUAAUGAAGCAUCGGGUAGAUGUUAAAAAAUUUGAGAACCAGCUUGUGAAGCUAGAGUUUCAAAAUGAUGAAAACCAAUGAAGGAAAUGCAACCAUUCUGACAGUGGAUUGAAGGGAUUUUGAACAAAUGGUUUGAAACUGUUGCAUACAUUAUCAAACCAUAUUUUCUUUGGAAUGUAAUGUACAUAUUUAACAUUAAAAUUUUAGUUAUUUGAUUUAUAUUUCAUUUUGUAGUAAUGAUGAAGCCCAUAUGACUGAAUAGCAACUCUUCAUCUGCUAUCCUAGAUGGUUUUGUUUUUCAAUGAGAGAACAAGUGCUAUUCCACCGCAGCAGAUAAAAUGAAAUGCAUUUUCAGAUCAUUAAUACACCCUGCACUGACAAUAAAGGAAUAUUUAAGUUA